AUGGAACCUGUCAACAAAUCUGGAAAACGGAGACGUGGAAGAUGUAAAAAUGGGACACUGACCCACGGCUCUCCCCCGGACGGGCGCAUGUUUCCAGCUGUGGCUGCUGGGAGCCCAGAGAAGCUGGAUGAUAGUGUGAACAGACAGGGUCUGUCAGAGCUUCAUAUGGCCUGCCUUUACGGCCAGCUGGCUACGGUUCAGCUCCUUGUAGAGUCCAGGCCGGAAUGGAUCGAUAGCAGCGAUCUCCAGGGUCGCCGGCCUCUUCACAUGGUCCUGUCGUCCCGGAGCUCACCCAACACCUGCUCCUGCCUCGCCUACCUGCUGGAGCACGGGGCCUACGUCAACGUCACCACAGAUUCUGGGACGACCCCGCUGCACCUGGCCGCCUCCGAAGGCCUCCUGGACUGCACCGAGACCCUCACCCAGGCCGGAGCAGAUGUGUUGGCCCAGGACAGCAUGGGGCACACUCCUCUGGAUUUGGCCCGCAUCUGGUGCCGCAGGAAGGUGGCAAGGUUUCUGAAAAACUGCAUGUGGCAAAGAGAGAAGAACAAAGAAAUGCAGGAGAGGAAGCUGGUUAAAACUUUUUACAAUGAUCUCGUGGAUAUGGUCAAACUGAACACUCUCAAAAAAAAGCCUUUUGUAGAUGAAAAUAUGGCAGAUUGGGCGAUCAAAAAAGGUUUUCCGCUCCAAAAGGAUUUCUCCCCGACAGUGUUGGUGAGUCAGUACCACACCCAGUGCCUCCAGUCAGAUCAGAACCUUUCUCAUCCAAAACAUGCCAAGCGGCCAUUGACGCAUCAGACGGGAGAUCUUCUGAAGGACAAGAGCACAUCCACUAAGCUACCUCCAGCCUCAUCCUCCAGACCCUGGACCAUCUUCAUGGGCAUCCAGCCGGAUAAACCCCUCAGAGAGCCGGACCUCCGGGACAAAGUCACGGUUUGGAAGGACAGCAGCAGCAGUAUGCGGCCUCAGUACACAACCGAGUGGGACAGCAGGCGUCGCUCCGCCCCUGACGUGCCUCUGGAUGUCCUCGAGAGGGUGUUGUUCCCCAGAGCCUUCCCUUCCAGGAUCGCCUCCCCUCGGUACUUUGAACCAGAGAACAUCGUGGAGGUCCAGCACAGAGGAUACCCCCAGGGGCGGAGCACCUCCCCCUGGACGGAGGUGGCCAUGCACCUGGCUGAAGUGCUGGAGCCCGGACACUACUGA